AUGCAUGCCAGUAAUUCUCCCCCGAGUACACCUUCUGCGGCAUCCAACUACAAAGCUACGAGGAUGACCCAGUCUCGCCCGCCAGUGCGCGAAACUUUUCUGGACGAAUAUAACGCUGGUGAUAACACAAAUAACGGCAUGGACUCUGGUGAUGAGCGAGAUCCCCAUGAUUUAUCUUUGUCACCCAAACAUGCCGCUCGCACUUCUAUCGUUGAUAAUAUGCUUCUGUCGCUGGAUCAGUUUGCAUCCUCCAAUGCCUCCAUACUGGAUGACUACCGUCUGUUCAACUCCGUUUUUGAGUCAGACCUAUAUGGCCGUUGUUCGCCAGAUUCUCUAACCCAACGUCGUUAUCGCGGGCAUACCUUUUCAUCGUCUAUGUCAUCAGAACCAGACUACAACCCUGAUGAUGCAGCUGGUCGAUACGGGACUCAACAGGGGAGGGCACGUCGGAGUACUAGCAGCUCGAAUUACAAUUCCAACCUUAAAAGAUUUGGUAGUGCCCGCAGCCCAGAAGGUCCAAGCUCGCGCGGACAAUCAUACGAUUACCGCUCCAACUCAGGAGGUGGCACCUCUGGGGUUCGCGGAACUAGACAAGGCAGCAAAGGGAGCUCCUCUUUACACAUGGAUUUUGGCCCACCCCUUUCAGGAAACAAUCGGGCAGACCUGGCUACUGAGCGACGUUCCGCAAGCUUUGACUUCGGCACUCGACAGCCGAUCAUUCCGUUUACGGGCACAACAGUUGAUUAUGAUCCAGUAUCAUUCGACGGAGCCGACGCGGCCCCUACACCGAGUAUUCCAGGUGGACCAAGGAAGCAUCAAGUUUCAUCGCAAGGUGAAUAUCCCGGAACUUUGGGUCCUCAGUCUUCGCGCACGCCGGUAGCUUCUCGACGGAACAGUGUGAAGUCGGCACGGACGAAAGGUACUGCAGCCAUGAGCGGCCGUGACAAUGAUUUGGCCCAACUCGGUGCGCCUGUUUUGGAACCUCCCCCGGCUAUACCGGUAGCAUCGUUUGAUCCGCCGGCCCCAAGUCCUACUAUAUCAUUCAACAAGCCUAUGUGUCCACCGCCCUCUGACCCAAUUCCGACCAAGGAACGUCCGGGCUUCUUCCGGCGCGUCUUUGGAUCAUCCAAAAGCUCUACAAGUGGUCCAGAAAACAAUCAGGUUGAUCUUGUAUUUUCGCAAGAUAACGAUACACGGGAUUUCAAUGGUUCCACAGCAAAUCUCAAGGACCGGCGGCAGCCAUCGAAGAGUAGCACGGCGGGUACCACCACAGUCCGUCAAGGGGCCCAUCAAGUGGUGAACAAGAAAUCUUCAUUCUUCCGCCGACGGAAGAGAUCGGUAACUGAGAACGUUCCGCCUCCUGUUCUAAUCCCCCCAGAGUCUGGCUCAAGGCCACAUGAAAUCAUGAAGCCACAACCUAGCCCCGAAAACAAAGGAGUUGAUUCACCUGCAGAGAAACCAAAGGAAAGUUUUCAUGCUGCAAGUAGAGAGCCGAGACCCAAAUACAGCCUUUACCCCGCCGCUUCCUCCAGUGCACGUGAUACAUCGAUUCCGGGAAGCAAGAUCGGAGACGAGGAUAUUCCAAAAGUCAAUCCAAUGGAUUCUACAUCUUCAGCCAGGCCAGAACAGCUGGCUCCUAGGGAUGGCAUUGGUUUACGCGACAGUGGGCCGGAAUCGGAGAGUGAUCGCACUGGUGGUGUCCGGAACAAGUUGACGCCACAAGACCUCAGUGUUCCAUCACUAUCACCUGUUGUUGAGCGUUUGAGUGUGUCGCCUGUAGAACAUCCCGAGGAAACACGUACGAUCAAUCCAGGAGAAUCGGAAGAAGUUGAGUAUCAGAGCGGACCCAGGCUUCACGGCCGCGAGGAUGAAUCCAUCCAAAAAUCUCCUCCAGUGGAUACCAAUGGCUCAUUGAAAGUAUCGACAUCCAAUAUCUCGAAUUAUUACACUGCUUCCAGCACACCCGUGGUUUCUCCUGCGGAAUCAAAGUCCGUUGAGAUAUCGGAAAGCAAAGUUGAUUGCGCUGAUGAGGUCCCGGGUGAUGAACCAGGAGACCCAGAAAAAGAACAGGCUCAAAAGCUCUACGACAGUCAGGAUCAAGUUGUGGGAAAUGAGCCAGCUGCUGCAUGGCUCGGUGACCCGGACCGCGCUACGAUUCGCAAAGCAUACAUGGAGUUUUUUGAUUGGUCUAAUAUGAAUAUUUUGGCAGCACUCCGAAGUCUAUGUACCCGACUUAUAUUAAAGGGAGAGACACAGCAGGUUGAUCGAGUUCUAGAUGCCUUUUCCGUACGAUGGUGCGAGUGCAACCCUAACCAUGGGUUCAAAGCUUCAGAUGUUGUGCACACUAUAUGCUACUCUCUUCUUCUGUUGAACACCGACCUUCACCUUGCGGAUAUUGAACAGAAGAUGACAAAAGGCCAAUUUGUUCGGAACACUAUGCCCACUAUACAUCGUGUGGCGUUUGACGCGGCCCCGGAUGGGUUUGAAUCACUUCAUGUCGCUCACAAUAAAUCGAAAGUGUUGGCCCGAGAAUCUCUGACAUCGCCUAUGGAUGAGUCCGAUCAUGGGGUCAUGGCCGCUGAUAAACCCACAAAUGCGCCAGCGAAGCUCGUGAAUCGACUCUCUCGAACUGAUCUCUCCGUCAAAUUGUCAGGUGAUCCUGAAACCAACACAGGGCCGUUGGUCAAUGUGCCAUUCAGUGGAACCGACAAAGCCUGGGGCCAGCAAGUCGAAACCGUCCUUAGGGACUUUUACACGUCGAUUCAGAAGCAGAGACUCCCACUCCACGGUGCUCAAGUAGAGAGGGAGGCGUCUCGAACUUCAUCGAACCAUUUACUGUCUCCUAAUCCGGGUGGUUUACGCAGAAGCCCCAGCACCGUGAGCAGGAGCGGCUCCGACAUCUACCCACGGGGCCGCUCAGCCGACUCCCGCUACGGCGCCGCGCGCUGGUCUUCCAAAAACCGGUCACGGGCGAGAUUAUACCCUCCUUCCGUCAUGGGUUCCAGCCGAACCAGCCUGGAGGAGCAGUCAUCUUUCUGGAGCCCGUCUGCCUCCAGUACUUGGAGUAAGCAAUCUUUGGGCAAGUUAACAUCUGCUUCGGUAGACUCAUUCGGAUCAGACUACAUGCGUGGUGACUAUCAGCAAUCUAUUGGAUUCGCUAGUGCACUGAGCCAAGCGAUAAUCCGGGAGGACUCUGCUUAUUCUAUCGCAAGCACUGAGGAGAUUGAGGGAACCAUACCACUUCUGGAAGACGAGACUCUUCAACUUGCUGGUGCUCCUUGGGCCAAAGAAGGGAGCCUAAAGCAUAAGCAACACUUAGAUUCUGCUGAUAAAAGGGCUAAGGACCGAAAUUGGAACGAAUGCUUCGCUGUGAUACAACAGGGUUGGAUGCGUCUGUUUUCAUUCAAUUCAUCGACGAAGUCCGUUCGGCAUAAGUCGAAAACUCACUCACAAGGCGGAGUGGUGGUGGGGGGAGGAAACUGGACAGAGAACGCCGAGGAGAUAAGGAAGUUUCUCCUACGUCAAACCCUUGCAAGCGUACUUCCAUCCCCCGGGUACUCUAAGUCCCGCCCGCACGUCUGGGCUUUAAGUCUACCUAAUGGCGCAGUACACCUUUUCCAGGCUGGCACCCCAGAGAUUGUCCAUGAAUUCGUCUCUACGGCGAAUUACUGGAGUGCAAGGUUGUCCAAGGAGCCUUUGGUUGGUGGCGUUAGCAAUAUGGAAUACGGCUGGAGUGAUGCAGUCAUCAAUAGUGCCUUGAUAACGGCGGAGAAUAACAACAACAAGUCGCCGCCAUCUUCGUCUGGGGCACGACCUAGCAUUCAAAGUUCCAUCCGGAGCUCUAUUGACCAGCAGGGUGGCGUACGCCCCAGGCUUCCGGCCGAUCGAGUACAUAUCAGCGACUGGGCUCCGCCUCAACAGAGUAUGGUCGCUUCAAAUUUACCUGAAGCUGACCAGCUGAAUGCUUUGCGGACGUACGUCAAGAAUGUUGAGGAUGAACUACAGCGACAUAAUGAACUCCGACCGGCCAUGGUCCUGGCCUUUUCUCCCCGACAUCCAAAUGCCACGAAGUCGAUGGCCAACUGGGAGCGUAAAUCAUCUUACUUGCUGCGAGAAAAUGUGAAAUUUCGCACAUAUAUUGAGACUCUGCAAAGGGCACUUGACCUUAAAAACAAAAUAUAUGCUUCCCGCGAGGAGAGCUCACCCUCCAGAUAA